UUUAUAAGCACACUACUUGGGAGUUGGGAAUACUUACGUUUCAUGCAAGAAAGGCACAUGAAUUUGCAUCACCCCGGCGGCAGUGGAACACCGACGACGCACACAACUUAAUUUCUCACAAGCGGAUAAAUUUAGUCCAAGCAGGAAGUAAUCCGUCCGAAAUCAAACCCCACAUUUAUUCUUUGGCGCCGCUUGGGAUAUAUACUCCGAUGCAAGGAAGAAAAAAUAGAGAGAACAAGAAAGCCCGAAUGGCUAAAACUACCUUUCCUUUGCCACCUGUUGCGUUUUUUGGUUGCUUGCAACGUAACGAAAACCCAAUACAAAUUAACCAAACACUAUGCGUAUGCAUAGCCCUCGCAAUCUCCCUGCAAAUUUCCUUGUCCUAAGCGUACGUGCCAGAAACCGUGAACUGCUCCAAUCCAAUGGGACAUUGCAUAUCCAUGCUGCGAAAGAUGACAAGAAGGCGGCAGCCGGAGCCGACGCGCGGCACGCCGAAGCCGCCGCUCUUUGUCGUCAGAGGCGACCGCCGGCCGCCGCUGCGGUCGAAGCCGGAGGCGCUACCGUUCCAGGCGCAGAGCUUUGGCCAGUUACAGUUCGCCCAGAAACCUGCUGCAGGCAGAGCAGACAGCAGCAGAUCAGGACAUGAGACGAAGUUCAGGCACGAAGUUGAUCCAGGAGUGCUGGACAGGAGGCGCUGCGCACCGAAGCUCGUCAGGCUGCCGUGCCGGAGCACCUGCAGCACUUCGGCGGUGGAGCCCGUCACGGCGGAGGAGAGGCCCCUGGCCCCGUCGGCGACAAAGGCGCCGCCGCAGGAGGGGAGCAGGACGCCGAUGGUGGCGCCGCCGAUGACGCCGAUGAGGCCGGUGUGGCAGCGGAGGAUACUGAUGGGGAUGCGGUGCGAGCUGCCGCGGUUCAGCGGCCUCAUCCUGUACGACGAGCAUGGCCGCCCAAUCCGUGGCACCACGCCUGGCAGAAGCUACCCCCAGUGGAAAAAGAGGAAUGCCAAGGCUGCUACAACACUCAGGGACCUCCUAUAGACGCAAAACGCAUGCCAAAAGGUCGCAAUCUCACAACAAAGACCGGAAGAAAUGCUUUGAACAUAUUUCCCAUGUAUGUACAGUAGCAGUCGUGAAAGUUUGAAGCUGCAAGUUUGAAUAAUCGAUGUUAUUGCUGUUAACUUAAGAAACACAGGAAUAUAACUACUCAGGAUUGUACAUUCUAUUUCUAUUAGCAAGUGAGAUGUACAGAGGAUUACCAGGGCAUAUGGAAUAGGGCACAGACGUUCCGCUACAUACAUAUACCACAACAGCUAUAUACUAAUGAUUAUCCAUGGUUUGGCCA